GGACAUAGCAAAGCCAUGAUAUUUCCAUGGAAAUGUCAGAGUACUCAGAGGGUCUUAUGGAAUGUUUUUGAGCUGUGGGCCUGGACUGUGCUCUGUUGUGAUUUCUUCGCACAUCAUGGAACCGAUUGCUGGACUUACCAUUAUUCGAAAAGACCCAUGACCUGGGAAAAGUCUAGAAUGUUCUGCAGAAAAAAUUACACGGAUUUAGUUGCCAUACAAAACAAGGGGGAGAUUGAGUACCUGAACAAGACGCUUCCCUUCAGUCCUAAAUACUACUGGAUAGGAAUCCGGAAGGUAGGAGGGGCAUGGACUUGGGUAGGGACCAACAAAUCUCUCACCGAAGAAGCGGAGAACUGGGGCGAUGGGGAGCCCAACAACAAGAAGAGUAAAGAAGACUGUGUGGAGAUCUACAUCAAGAGGGAAAAGGACGCAGGGAAAUGGAAUGACGAUGCCUGCCACAAAGCAAAGACAGCCCUCUGCUACACAGCUUCUUGUCAACCCUGGUCAUGCAGCGGCCAUGGACAAUGUAUGGAAAUCAUCAAUAAUUACACCUGCAACUGUGAUUUGGGGUACUACGGGCCCCAGUGUCAGUUCGUGACUCAGUGUGAGCCUUUGGAGGCCCCAGAGCUGGGUACCAUGGCCUGUAUUCACCCUUUGGGAAACUUCAGCUUCACAUCACAGUGUGCCUUCACCUGCUUUGAGGGAACAGACAUAGUUGGGAUUGAAGAAACCAUUUGUGGACCAUUUGGAAACUGGUCAUCUCCAAAGCCAACAUGUCGAGUGAUUCAGUGUGAGCCUCUAACAGCACCUGAUCUUGGAACCAUGGACUGUAGUCACCCCCUGGUCGACUUCGGCUUUACCUCCAUGUGUACCUUCAGUUGCUCAGAAGGAGCUGAGUUAAUUGGGGAAAAGAAAACUGUUUGUGGAUCAUCUGGAAAUUGGUCCAGCCCUAGUCCAAUAUGUCAAAAAGUGGACAGGAAUUUCUCAAUAAUCAAGGAGAGUGACUAUAACCCCCUCUUCAUUCCGGUGGCAGUCAUGGUUACCACAUUCUCUGGGUUGGCAUUUAUCAUUUGGCUGGCAAGGAGAUUGAAAAAAGGUAUGUGA